AUCCCAACCCCAACCCCUUUAGCCUUCUCUCUCUCUCUCAUCACCAUUUUUAAAGCUCUAUGUCCAUCUCUGAAAUCUCAUCUUCUCCUUCAUUACCAGUGGCCUCCUCUCUCUCCCCUCUAAGAGUCCAAUUGGUGUCAAAGUCUGUAUCAGAUAGACUACUUGGAAAAUUCUGUGAUGUAUCAGAGUUUGACUUUGAUUAUACUCAAAGUGGGUUGUGGUCUCCUCCUGUACAAAGGAGUGUGUUCAUGAGCUCUCCUGCGGGGAAGAUAUUUACAGAGAAUGAAAUGCUUGUGAAGCUAAGAAGUGUUUUGGAAGGCCAACGGAGAAGAAGAUACAGAGUUUGUUUCAAAGCUUUUUGGUGCUCUCCAAAGAGAUGAUGAAGCCGACAUUUCUUCAUUUUCAUUUUGGAAUGGUUCAGAGAAUGGCCGAUAUCGAUAUGACUCCGGUUUCGUGGGAAAAAAAAAUUGUUUACCAUCCCCAGUAAAAUCUUAUGAAUUUUUUCGGUGAUUUGUAAAGAAAAUGAGUUUUACUUAAUUUUUAUUUAUUUAUUAUUACUUGUUGGACAUUGGGGUUGUUAAACGAUUUGGGCAGCUUGUGAGCGGGACAGACUCGACUCGAUUUGAGUUUGUUCAUAUUAUAAAAGAUGAGUCGAAUUUGAG